UAUGACCAAAACAAAGUAAUUAUAAACGAAAAGUAGUUGUAACAGGCCCUUUAUAAGUCGUCGGUCGUAGACUGAUCAACAUUUUUAUGGUUGCCGCUAGCUGCUGCCUGCGUUCAUAUUAAUUCUAGGUAGCUUGCCAUACUACUACCCCAUUCGCAUAUUAACUCAUUCAUCACAAAGCUUGUACUACAUGUGAAGAGAUCUCUAGAGCUCCGAGGAGGAUCCUCAAGCAUUAUUCUGAAUAUAUGCAUACGAAUUCGAUUACGAUGUCGAAGAAAGAAAUUAUGAAAGGUAGUUCUCAUAGAAUUGGAGUGAGGAAAUACCACAAAUCUGAGCUUCCACGCUUGCGGUGGACAUCUCAACUGCAUGAACUCUUUGUUGAAGCUGUUCAAAGCCUUGGAGGAAAAUACAAAGCCACUCCCAAGCGGAUUUUGCAGAUGAUGAGUGUGAAGGGACUGGAAAUUUCUCAUGUCAAAAGCCAUCUGCAGAUGUACAGGAGCUUCAAGGAUAAUAACAUCAAUAUUUUUUCUGAAGAUCACAGCAGUAGUGUCUUCUCCGCUUUCCCAAGUCAAACUCAUCAAAGGUCAUCAGAGAAUUAUGUAAGAUACGAUGAGCUAAAAGAUAUGGAAAAUGUAAUGCAUUCUGAAUCUGACGAGGAAGCUGCUGGCAAGCAACAUGCUAUACACCAGAAUACUCAUACAUCAGAACUCAGCAGAUUGUCUAUGGAUGAUCAAACUUGUCAACUGUACGGACUUUGUGAGCUCUCAUUGUCGUUUGAUCCGGUGACGAACCGAAACCAAAGAGAGAGACAGUUUCGGCCUUCAGCUGAUGAGCACUCUAGUUCGGAAUCAACCUCAACUGGCAAUUUCAGUAACAUUCAGGUUGCAGGCAAUCACAUAAACUUAGACUUAACCAUUUGAACAUUGUUUCUUCCGCUAUAGAUAGAAAUAUCUAUAAAUCCUUGCUUUAUCAAUAAGAAUUGGUCUACUGUAAAAAAAACACGAUCAAUUAGUACUACGACGAACGUUAUAGAUGUUCAAUUUUGCCGUCAA